GCCCCCUUCCGCUUCCGGCUGGCUUAGCAGGACCCAGAAGCUCGCAGGCGGGGCGAGUAGUUCCGGCGCCAUGGCCGCCCUCCGCGCUCUGCUGCUGGGUGUCCGCGGCCGGCUGCAGCUACCUGCCCGCUGCCCCACGCUGCGGCCCUUCGCCUCGGGAGCUAACUUUGAGUACAUCAUCACAGAAAAAAAGGGGAAGAAUAGCAACGUGGGGUUGAUCCGACUGAACCGCCCCAAAGCACUCAACGCCCUUUGCAACGGCUUGAUUGAGGAGCUCAAUCAGGCACUAGAGACCUUUGAGGAAGACCCCACUGUGGGUGCCAUCGUGCUCACUGGCGGGGAUAAGGCAUUUGCAGCUGGAGCUGACAUCAAAGAAAUGCAGAGCCGGACAUUCCAGGACUGUUACUCUAGCAAGUUCUUAAGCCACUGGGACCAGCUGACUCGGGUCAAGAAACCAGUCAUUGCCGCUGUCAAUGGUUAUGCUCUUGGCGGGGGCUGUGAGCUUGCUAUGAUGUGUGACAUCAUCUACGCCGGUGAGCAAGCCCAGUUUGGACAGCCAGAAAUCCUGCUGGGGACCAUCCCAGGUGCAGGGGGCACCCAGAGACUCACCCGUGCAGUCGGCAAGUCCCUGGCAAUGGAGAUGGUCCUCACUGGUGACCGCAUCUCAGCUCAGGAUGCCAAGCAAGCAGGUCUUGUGAGCAAAAUUUUUCCUGUUGAAACAUUGGUUGAAGAAGCCAUCCAGUGUGCAGAAAAAAUUGCCAGCAAUUCCAAAAUUAUAGCAGCCAUGGCCAAGGAGUCUGUGAAUGCAGCCUUUGAAAUGACAUUAACAGAAGGAAAUAAACUGGAGAAGAAACUCUUCUAUUCCACCUUCGCCACCGAUGACCGGAGAGAAGGCAUGGCUGCGUUUGUGGAAAAGAGGAAGGCCAGCUUCAAAGACCAGUGAGACCCAGCUGCCUGGUCUCAACCUCCAUGGAGAGAGAACUGCAGGCUGUCAGCUUAGAAGCAAAUAGAUCACCUCCUUGGAAAGGUAGCCCAAGCCACAUGCCGUUCUCGCUGACGGCUGUGGGCCGUGGUCACCCCCUGACCCUUCGCAGCACAGCCGGCCACCUUCACCCAGCCAUUAGCAGAAUCACCUGUGUUCUGACCGGAGCACGUUUUUUAAGUCAAAGGUCCUGCUGAGGAAGCUUCAGCACAUCCAGCCCCUCCGUCACCUCAGGAGCUGAGGUGCUUGCUUGGCUGUCACUGUGCUGUGCUGGGGUGGAGGUAGGCGUCUGUCCUGUGCUCGCAGCUGCUGGACGUGGCUGCUCAGAGGGAGAUGUUGCUGUCGCUGCUUUUGAAAGAAUCAUGAUUAAAGUGACUACUUCAGAUUACUUCUGCCUUUUUA